AUGGUCAGUGGCACCACAUUGCCAUUGCUUUGGAGCAAGGAACUCUCACACUGGUCAGAGAAGGACUCAUCGCCAGCAAAAAUGAGGGCUUUGGUACUGGAAGACAACUCCCAGAAUUUUCUUUAUCAGGGUCUUCUUCUGACUUGGGCUGGAUAUGACAAUGUUUAAGGAGGCGUUGAAAGAAUUGUGCCAUCACACUGCAGUCAACACACUUGCCCACCAGGGUACACUGGACCACACAGUGAUCAACUCCAAAUGGAUAAUAUGCCUCCCCCUGAAGAGUAUUGUCCUGGAGAUUUGUGGGUUGAUGCUCGAAAUGGAUUUGCAGAUGUCACUUGGGAUGAACCAAGAUUCACAGACAAUGUAUGUGUUGUCAGAGUCGAGAAAAUGAGUAGUCACAGGCCAGGUUAGACUCUCCUCUUGGGAACUUACAACAUCCCCUACGUUGCAUUUGAUCAAGCUGGAAACUCUGGCACUUGUGCUUUCACCGUUUACGUUCUUUCUGGCUUCUGCCCACUCUUGGCUGAUCCAGUUGGAGGAACACUGGUCUUCAAAGAUUGGGGUUUCGGCGGGCAAUUCGAAGUCUGCAAAAUAUCAUGCUAACCGGGUCUUAAAGUCUCCCAGCCUAUCCCGAAAUAAACCUGCGGAGUUGAAGGGUUCUGGCGUCCAACAUCAAACCCAGCCUUACCCAUGGUUCACCCUUCUUAUUCAGCAACUUUAGAAUACUGUGCCAAUGAGUGCAUUGAAGAAGAAACAUUUGAUUAA